AUGUAUGAGCUUCACCCCGGAGUCGCGGCGGCCUUGGACGCUGUGCGCGGAGCUCCGCACGAUGGAGUCCUCGUGGCGCAGACUCAGCUCUCACGACUACAGCAAUGCGGGUACGCCGAAGCCCAAGUCGCGCGGUGGAGGUCCCGAGGCGCUAGAGUGAUGUCACCUCCGGACCCGUACUACCCGGAGCGACGUCACUGGCCGAUGCGGAACUGGCUGAGGGAAGCAAAAGAGACAAUCCGGUAUCUCCGCGAAGUCAAUGUGUCUGGAGAUCCCGAGCGAUCCUGGGUUGCGAGCUUCCGGGGCGAAUGCCUUUGCCUACCCGUCGUCUCCGACCACCAAGCAUGGCUGAUCGACUUCAACAUCCUCUGGCCCGAAGAUGGCUCACGGGACUACGUCUCGGUGAUCGCCUUGUUGCAGACCAUGCUCUCCGACGCCGGGUUCGCCUUCGUGAAUUUGGUACCAUCAUGGGGACAGUCGCUGCAUCCGGAGUUCUUCAGGCCUCGGGAUGCGAGGUUCAUCUCAGACGCACUGUUUCUCCGGCGGCUUCUGGUGAACGAGCAAGACGCCUGGGACCAGAUCGCCCGGGAACGCAAGUUCAGUGUCCGGCGUGAAGACGUCCCGUUCCAAGUCCUGGACCCCGAAGCUGCAACCGCAUUCCCGGUCGAAGAUGAUGGCGACGCGCUGACGCUGACGUCCGAAGAACAAGAGCUGCUGGGGAUGGCUGUUGUGACCAGGCUUCGCUUGGCUCAAGUCCGCCCUCGGGAGUGGUCCGAGACAGACAGCAGCCGUCCCGAGCCCAAGCGGGCGAGCUCCCCGCUGCCCGCUAGGCUUCACGAUCACGAGCUGGACGAAGGGUUGAAGUCAGAGGACCAUGGAGCGGCAGCACGUCAGACGGCACGACAAGUCGACGCGACCGACGAGGAGACGAUGACUCAUCAUCACGCCCUGCGCGAAGCGCAACGUCAAAUCGUCGAGCUUCAAGCAGCCAUGACAGCUCGAGAUGAGCACGAACGUGCUCGGCUCCAAGACCUCGAGGAAGUGAUGACGACCCGGAUCCCGGAGCGCGACUUGAAUCGUUCCGAGCGUAAGCAGCAGAAGUCGACGCAGCGCAAGCGCGAGAUUGAGGACUCCAGACGUAAGGCUGCUGCGGCGACUGGGAUUGCUACUCUCAAGGAACAACAGACCCGGGAACGGGACGACCUUCAGCACCAGUUCGAGAGGGCAGUUGCACAGGAGCGCGCAGCAGCUUUCCAGGAGGCGCAAGCCAUUUCCAGGGACGCUGAGCGCAUGCGCGACGAAGCAAUCGCUGGAGCUGAGGCUGCCGCGGACCGUGUCAAGCAAGAAGAGGAACGCGCUCAGAAGGAACGUCAUCAUCGUGCCAAGAGGAACAAGCCCGGAGAGCGCUGGAUCAGGAGCGCUUUGACGCACAGCAAGAGGAGAUCCGGAUAG